UUUCCAGGCAUGAGACGCUGAUGACGGCUGUGGACUCCCUACUUGAAUGUCAGCAAAAUCAAUUCAUAGAUUUACGCGAAGAAUUACUCGACAUGAUGCUCACCCUCAUACCCCAAAUGCUGUUCGGGAAAAGACUAAUUGCAGGGAAGUCAGUGGCAAAGUCAUCUGAAUCCAAUAUUAUGAAGAAGCUCACACAACUCUUCAAAGAACUGGCUAAAUUAGACCUCUCUGUGGUGGGUGACUGCUUUCCGUUCUUGAGGUGGCUGGACGUGGGAGGCGCGGAAGCCAGAAUUGUGAAAUUGCAUCUCCAGUUCGAUAACAUUCUCUCGGAUGCCAUGAAUGCCCUUCGUCGCGAAGCUCCACCUGCUACUUCUGAGGAUCCAGGCUUGAUGCAAACUUUGUUGUCCAUACAACGCACUGAAGAAGGAAAAAACAUAACCGAUGACGAAAUCAAAGCUCUCGUCACUGAUUUGUUUAUAGCUGGUAUAGACACUAUAUCAAGCACCCUUAUGUUUGUGAUGGCCGAAUUGAUGAGGAAUCCAGAGGUCAAGGAGAAGCUUCUGAAGGAAUUGGACGAAGUUGUGGGCAGAGAGAGAGUGGUGGAAGAGUCAGACCUUGUCAACCUCAAGUACCUGAAGAUGGUGAUAAAGGAGACUUUCCGUCUUCAUCCAGCGGUGCCAUUUCUGUUACCUCGCAAGUCCAUGGGGCCUGCGACUGUCGCUGGAUAUAAAGUUCCAAAGGAUACGCAGGUUCUAAUCAACUUAUACGCCAUUCAACGAAGCCCAGAAUCGUGGGACGAUCCGACCAGUUUCAAGCCGGAGAGGUUUGCGAACAAUCUCAUAGACGUGAAAGGCCAAGACUUCUGCCUCCUGCCUUUCGGAGCUGGUCGAAGGCAGUGUCCAGGCAUGGGACUUGGUGGGCUGAUGGUGGAGAUCACUCUGGCGACAUUGUUGCAAAUUCUCGAGUUCUCUCUUCCUGCAGGAAUGAAACCAGAAGAUGUGGACAUGACUGAGGAAGCUACAAUCACAUCUGCUCUGGUUUCUCCGCUCCUGGUUUCAGUGAAACCACGAUUAUCCCCGAACCUGUGCAGCAUGCGAACUUAAGGUAGGACCUUUCAGAGAUCCUACGUCCUUACAUGGAACGUUAUACAGGUAGAAAAUACAAAACCUUCGAGCAAUUUGUCUGAGCUCGACCUUUGAAGUUUAGAAAUCCCA